AUGACCACUACAAUGUCAUCAAAGAGGUCGGAUCAUCAACAUCUUGUACAUUUACAACCGCCACCCCUACAAACCUUUAAGGGAAUGAACAGCAUGGAUAAACAACAAGCACAACAACAACAACUCACCUACCAACAAAAGAAGAGACUAAAACUAGCUAAAUUUAGGAGUAAAUUUGAUAAUCCCAUCGGGUAUGAAUCUAAUAGUAUGAAUAAGACUCAAUCCCGAUCCAACCCAAGUACCACUAGGACUAUGUAUUCUACCUCUCCAUCGACGAGAUCCUACUCCUCUCAAAGAUCUAAAUCUUCAGUACCUUCUUCAUCAACAAUGACGAUGAAUUCGUCGUUACUUUCGAGGUGGGCUUGUGAACCUAUUGAGAGAUCGAAUAGUGUCAGAUCUGUAAAGAAGGAAUGGGAUAAUAGAUUUCCAUUUAGUAAUCCAAAUGAAUAUGUUCGAUCACCUUGUAAUGAUAAGAAGAGCCCUCUAGGAUUUUCAUCUAAUUUCUUUGAAAAGGAAGAAGAGUAUUGGAAAAGUGCAGACAUGUUAGAUGAAUUGGAUUUGGGAGAUUUUCCAGUUUUUAAUUUCAAACCAUUGUCUUCUUCAAUGAGAAGUAGACAACAAGUAGAAAUGCCAAUCGAUUGGUUUUCUUUUGAUAUUGAUUCACUCACAGAUGAAUAUGGAGAAUUGAAUGAUUACAAAUCAGCUAGGAAUUACCUGUAUCAUUUGUGGGCUAAAAUGUCGAUACCCAAGAUUUAUCAACAAGAGUUUGAAAAGGAACAUUGCCAGAAGGAUACAGUUACAAACAGGACGUUUAUCUUUUCAGAGAUUGCCACAAUGGAAUCAUUAAGAGACAAGAUUCGAAUUGCACUGAUAUGGUUGGAUGGAAAAACUGAACUUGAUAUUGAGGAAAAUGCCUCAUUGUGGUGUCAGAUUGCAGAUUCAUUUAGGAAUGAAUAUGAAUACAUGUACAAGAGUAAGAAAUUUAUUUAUAAUGGUAAAGAUAUGUUUUCAAUUGAGGCUCCAAACGAACAGAUAACAUAUCCAUCUGAAUCUCCAAUUCCAAACAAGGAGGCAUAA